AGUCACCCAUCUAGACAACCCAAAUUGAUUUUGCACAGACGUAGUUGAGCCAUUCGUCCUCGGUUCGAAUAUUGUCACUUGACUGCGAAUACUCUUGGAGGACGUUUAAUCCAAGAGCAAUGCGUUUCCGUGAAUUCGAGAGAAAUGAUGCAGUUUCAAACCCUGCUAGCUAUCUUCCGCCCUUGUGGGAAGUCUUCUUUCUUUGGGGGGCUUUCAGUUUUCUUCCAGCGUUGGCUCGUGAUAUUGUUUCCGGACACUCAGAAAUGUUUAGCCUUAAAAAUCAAGAUGCGAUGAUCGAUCACAUCAACCAAGUUCAGUCAUCAUGGACGGCUGGGAAAAACUUUCCCGAUGACAUCUCCCAGGACUACUUGAGACAAUUAGGCUCUGCCUGGCUCCCAGAGGAAAACGAUCUACCGAGUCUACCAGUUUUGAAUGCUCUUGAUGACCCUUUUCACACGGGUGCCGCCGACCCACCCGCGGAAUUCGACGCAAGAAAGAAAUGGACUAAGUGUCCGAGCCUUCUUCAUAUCUACGACCAGGGAAAUUGCGGUAGUUGUUGGGCUGUUGCCGCGGCCUCUGUCAUCACGGAUAGAACCUGUAUCGCGAGUAACGGAGCCUUCAAGGAUUACAUAUCAGGCUGGAAUCUUGUAUGCUGCUGCAUAGGCGAGUGCAGUAAAAGUUGUGGCGGCGGCUUCACCAGCAAAGCUUUCGAAUUCCACGUGAAACAAGGGAUUGUCACCGGCGGAGAAUUUGGAACGAAUCAGGGCUGCAUGCCGUACCAGAUAAAACACUGUUCUCACCACAUGGGCGAUAAAGGGAAAUAUCCUAAUUGUAAAAGUUAUAACGAAACAGUGGUUCCAGUUUGUGUGAAUGCAUGUACCAAUAAAGGCUACAAGACACCGAUGAGCAAAGACAGGCAUUUUGGGAAACGUGCUUACCAAGUGACGGUUGCUGAUCUCAAAAAAGAAUUGGUUGAAAAGGGUCCAGUUACGAUGAGUUUCAAGAUUUACGAGGACUUCUAUCUUUAUAAAACAGGAGUAUAUCAUCACGUAACUGGCGAAAAAAUAGGAGGGCAUGCUGUGAGGGUGCUUGGUUACGGGACAGAAAAAGGCGAAAGCUACUGGUUGGUCGCCAACUCUUGGAAUUCUGAGUGGGGAGACCAAGGGCUUUUCAAAAUUAAGAGUGGCACCAACGAUUGUAACUCUGAAGAAAAUUUUCAAACAUCCGAACCAAAAGUUUAGGAGAAAUUCACCGCCACCUUUUGUGUGAAAUAGCUCAUGUUCGCCUUUGGGAGUAUAUUAAAAUCCGUUCAAUUAAAA